GUAAUGAAAUAAUUAAAUAAGGAAAAAUAAAAUUCUUGGAUUCCCGCCAAAAAGUGAAAGCCCAUUCAAUUGGAGCAUGUGCGUUCCCGCGUUAUGAUAAAAUUAGUUAUUGCGUUUAACUUCUACUUUCUUGAAAAUAUUAAUUGUAACUUGUAUUAUAAUUUUGGUUAUUUAAAUAGAUAUUAGUGAAAUAAAGUGCUGUUAUUUAAAAAUAUGCGCAAUACACGUUAAUACAUAUAUGUGAUUUUUGGAACUGCUGUUUCAAGUGCAAAUAAUAAUUACAAUAAUGUGAAUAAUUAUAUUGUGAUACUAAUAAACUAUUAGAUGAACUGCGAAGAUUUCAUGUCAAAUUUUGUCACUUGUCAUCGAAAUAUUGCAAUGUAAUAUAGGUUAUAGUUACACUUGAAGAUGUUAUAAAUUUUUAUAUUUUUGAAAGUGAUCAAUUGAGAUAAGUAAAAUUUCAAAACAAUGAUCAUUAAACUUGCAAAAAUAAUAAGUUGUUCUUCGGAACAUGCAUCCUAUCCUGCAUCCAAUCUUCUCCAGCAUCGUUCAAAUUCUUCAUGGAGAUGUGCCAAACCAGGAGAAAUGCUUGCCACUGUUAUUUUUCAGAUGGCAGAACCUUCUUGUAUCACAGGUUUAGACAUUGGUAAUUAUCGAAGUUGUGUAGUGGUUGUUACUGCAUCUAUGUCAACAGAACCUGACAACUGGAUACCAAUUGUAAAUCACCAAUUUUUGACACAUGAUGAAGCUGCAAAUGGAAAAUUCAGAGAUCAAGUACAGAUAUUCACAAAAAAGGAAUUGAAUCCAGAAACAAUAAAGAUGAAAUUCGAUCGUAUCAAAGUAACUUGUAUGCAAUCAGCAAACUUAAAGGAGUUAUUUGGAUUGUCUUUCAUUGUAUUUAAAACAGAAGUUCAAGUGGAUUUAGGAUUAGAUGUUUUUGGAAGAUUUAAACUGAAACAGCCAGAAGAAAAUGACAGCAAAUCAUCGGUUGAUAAUUUUAAAGAAAAGUAUUUGAAAAUGGUUGAUAACAAGAAAACAGAUUAUAGAGAUAGUUUACUUGCAAAGGUCAAGGAAACUGGCCUGAAUAAUUUUUCUAAGCGACAAGAAGAAGAUAGAGAACCAAUGAAAAGACCUUUACUGGAGAAAUUAGAAGCAGGAAAAGCUGAAGAAGUAUUUGGUACUAAAAAUAAAGAUUCAACUUCUAAUUCAUCAUCAGUAAAUGGUUCUAAAAUAAAAAAUGAGAUAGUUACAGAUGAGCCAGUAACAAGAACACCAUUUGGGGAUAUUGUACCUUCACCUUCACCUAAAGCAAAUAAGAAAGACACAAAAAAAGGAAGUGAAACACCCAGAAGAAAUUCUAAGAAACGUUCUUUAAGUCCAGAGGAGAGUUCAUCAAAGGAAAAUGUACAUAAAAAGAAGCAGAACUGUCCUGAGUGCCAAGGAGAAUCAGAAGAUAAAGUUUGUAAAAACUGUGGGAAAUUACCCCCACCUAAACCAGUAGCUAGACCAGAAAGAGCUGCAAAGAAGAAAGCUGUAGAAGCACAGAAACCAAAAAAGUUGUUUUCUAAACUUUUUGAGGAUGUUAGCUUUUCCCUUAGUGGUUAUGUUAAUCCACAAAGAGAUGACAUUAGGAGGAAGGCUCUACAAAUGGGAGCAAGGUACAUUGCUGACCCUAAUACAACUAAUAAAAAGUGCAGUCACUUAAUUUGUGCCUUUAAGAAUACUCCAAAGUAUCAACAGAUGAAGGGUCACACUAAAAUUGUUUCUCAUACAUUUAUUGAGGAUUGUUUUAAUGAAAAAACAAGAUUUCCUUGGAGGCGUUAUGCUUUGGAUAAUAAGGAGAAAAAUGAACCCGAAAGUGAAGAAGAAAUAUUAGGUAGUUCAUCACCACCUAGAUCCAACGUAUUUGAAGAAGACACUGAUUCAGAUUCUUAUUAUUAAAUAGCCUUAUGUUAAUCUAUUUUAAUAUGUAUGACAAACUGCUGGUACAGAAUUUCAUUCAAUAUGUAUAUAGUAUAUAACAAUUGUAAUUAAUUUUCAAAAAUAUUUUCUACAUGAAAUGU